GGGAUCGGAUCUCCAUAAUCUUGCGGCAACUCCAGUCACCACCUCAACUGUAACUUCUUCUUUCCCAACUUCAACCUGCGAUUUUUUCUUGCGAUCCGGUUGCGCCUAACCAGAAAACCACACAACACAAUGUCGACCCCGCGAGUUCUCAGGCAGAGCCUCCAAAGGCUCGCACAACAUGCGCGGUGCUACAGCAAGCAGACCGUCGCCCCUCUCCGAACACAGCAGCAGCCGCGUCUGCCUACCGCGUGGUCGACUACCCAGAUUUCUGCGCGCCGUUCGCUUUCCACCUCUUCCGCUCUCCAGCACGGCCACGUCGACCCUCCCAAGCCCGGCGAAGAACUCUACGUAACAUUCAUCGACAAAGACUCGCAAACCCACACGCUCGCCGUCUCAGCAGGCGACAACCUGCUCGACAUCGCGCAAGCGCACGACCUCGAGAUGGAGGGUGCCUGCGGCGGCUCCUGCGCCUGCUCGACCUGCCACGUGAUCGUGCAGGACCAGGACAUGUACGACCGGAUGCCGGAGCCCGACGACGACGAGAACGACAUGUUGGAUUUGGCUUUUGGGCUGACGGAGACGAGUCGGCUCGGGUGCCAGGUGCAUAUGACCAAGGAGUUGGAUGGGCUGGUGGUUAAACUGCCGAGUAUGACGAGGAAUUUGCAGGCUAGUGAUUUUAAGUCUUGAGCUGGAGGGCGGAAGAGAUAAUGGGAAGGGGGGAUAAUAUCGGGUGUGUCGGAGGAUAUGGAGGAUGGUGAGGCACGGGGGAGGCAGGA